AUCCCCACCCCUCCUUUUAAAUGCAGGUGAUAAUUCUAGCGAAGUGCUGAUCUCAAUGCCUUUCCUGCCCCAACCCCUCUGACCCCUAAACCUCCCCACUCAUCUCUUCACCGCAGAACGGGUUUAGAGUCUAUGUCAGACCGAGUCACGCUCACGGACUACGAGGCGCGAAGGUUACUCAACGCCAUCGUCAAGGAGUUUGUGCAGAUGACGGCGGAGGAACUGGAGCAGCAGGCAACUGAAGGAAACAGCAUGGGCAGGCCCCUAACCAAGCGCUGCUCCAACCUCAGCACCUGUGUGUUGGGCAAACUGUCUCAGGAGCUGCACAAGUUGCAGACGUUCCCUCGCACGAACGUGGGAGCAGGAACGCCCGGCAAGAAGCGCAGUGCGCCUGACAGCGACAGCUAUGCAAGCUACGGCGAGACGUUUGACAGCAUCUAACCCCUCGUCAUCCUCCCUUAGCACCUCUUUUACCUUUACUUAAUCUUUUCCUUUCCUUUUCUUUCCCCUUUUCUCCUCCCCCAUCCUCUUCCUCUCUUCACCCCACCUUCUUCUUUAUUGUUUUUGGAUUGGAAAGUGCAUGUUGAUUUUACCUGCUUGACUGACAUGAAAAGAAUUUAACUGCAACCAACUUUUCAGUUCUUUUCUCCUUCCCCUUUUUUUGGCAGACAAUCAGACUUAGUAUUCAUAAAUGUAAUUCAGGAGCCGGUUCAGACAUCCAUCUCUGUGUACUGUGCGUGGAGUCAUUUGAUGGCAUUUCAAGCCCCUGAUAUUUAAGGAUUGAGAGAGAACGCUUAAUCUAACCAUUAAUAAAUGAUCCACUCAUGCGACACCAUGUUUCUUGUUCAAUAAACGUAUUUUUCUACCAGGAAGCCUUAGCUCAUUUU